AUGGCGGCCAGAUAUGGCCGUGAGGUCUCAGAGGCGGCAUGGAGAAGGCGGCGAGUCUCCUUCAUGUGGCGUGAGAUUGGGAGGUACUUGCCGUUGGUGUCGGCGAACACCAGGUGGCUGAUUGGCGAUGGGCGGAGUAUUGAUGUGACUGCGGACCCAUGGGUGGACACCAUCCCACUGAGGUGUUGGCCGACCAUGAUCGAUGUUGAGGCAGUGGAGGGAUUGCGGGUCUUCGAUCUUCUUGCCCCAGGAGACUCAGCAUGGGAUGAUGAUAGGCUGCGACAGUUGUUCGGAGGACACCUAGCUGAGAGGAUCCGGUCCCUUCCAGUGCCAGGUUGUGGGGGGGCUGAUGUCAGGGUUUGGGGUACCUCUUGCCGGUCCAGUGUCAGACUGGGAGACCUUGCCAGGGUUAUCCAGCAGGAGCAUGAGUCGGGCCAGGAUUACACUUGGAUCUGGAGGUCCGGGCUUCACCCGAGGGCGGCACUCUUCCUUUGGAAGGUGGCAUGGGAUCGCCUUCCGACGAGGGCAGUGCUGAGUAGGCACGGUUGGGGGAUCCCUGCGGAGUGCGGGACAUGCAGCGUGGAGGAGUCGGUCGACCACGUGCUCUUCCAGUGUACGUGGGCGAGGUCGGCGUGGUUGUGGGCAGGGUUCCCGCAGGGGGUUUGGUGUGGGAGGCUUCAGUUUUUACGGAUGAUGCAGCAGUGGCUGGCCCGGCCGCAGAUAUGUCAGGAGGAUAUUCGAGCGACCUGCACAGCACAUCAGAUCUGGCUGGCGAGGAACGCCUGCACCCUUGGUGAGCGCAGGGUGUCACCGAGAUUUGUCUCAUACUGGAGCGCCCAGCUAGCUAUUGGGCUCAUACUGGAGCGCCCAGCUAGCUAUUGGGAACCUGUUGAAUCGCCUAUGCGCCUUUCUAGCGAAGAAGCGUAG